AUGGAGAUGAGUGAAAGCUACAUGAGGCCUAAAUAUUGGGACAUGAGUUUUAGGGAAAACAACAAUACAUACCACGUCACGAUAUUAUUACAGAAAAACUACGAACUAGGAUCAAUAAUAGCAGUCAAAGUAGGCAGCAAAAUGAUGCUUGCCGUCAACAACGGCUUACCUUUAAUGAAAAAGCACCGACUAGUACAGACACCGUUUUGGUUUUCGACCCGCCACAAUUGCUGUUAUAAAUUUAUUUUUAAAAUGCUUGUCUGCUAUAAUCGUUCAGUUGAUGAGAGAGAUUUAGAGACCUCCCGACUUUGGGGCUGGACGCGUUAA